AUGGAGAUGAAAAUGCUAUACGGGGACUGCGAAAUCCCAUCACGACUCAACAGCCAAGUCAAACAGCAUUAUAUCACGGUGCUCAAGGACGGUCUAACUGCAGAAUAUACCGGGAAAAGCAGGUACUCCAACACAGGGAGAGGAUUUGAGUUUGCAUGA